AUGGAGGAGGUAGAACUCGCCAACUGCUCAGACCACACUGAAAAGGGGCUUCGUACACCCCCAGCGGGGUCAACAGACACUACGGACUUGUCGGAUGUUCACAAUGAUUCGCAACAACUCCCACCUAUGGACGGCGGUCUGGACGCCUGGCUGUUCCUCGCGGCAUGCUUUGUGAUGGAAGCUCUUGUCUGGGGAUUCGCAUUUACCUAUGGUGUCUUUCAAGAAUAUUAUAGUGCUCUCCCCGAGUUCGAGAAUUCUGGAAGCAUCGCUGUCGUCGGAACCUGCGCUAUGGGAAUCAUGUACCUCGACCUCCCUAUUGUCUUCGCUGCUUACAGACAAUGGCCCAAAUACCAGCGCCUCGGCUGCGGUGUCGGUGUUAUUCUAAUGUGCCUCGCUCUCGGACUAAGCUCCUUCUCCACAAACGUCACCCACCUUAUCAUAACCCAGGGAAUCUUCUACGCAAUCGGCGGUAGCAUCGCUUACUCACCUUGUAUCCUCCUAAUGGAAGAUUGGUUCAACAAGCGCAAAGGUCUCGCAUUUGGUGUUAUGUGGGCUGGUACUGGACUCGGUGGUGUCAUCCUUCCUAUUGUGAUGGAACGCCUGUUAGACAAAUACGGAUUCCGAACUACAUUGCGCGCCUUUGCCGUCGCUCUCUUCUUGCUUACCGCACCGCUGGUUUACUUCGUUAAGCCGCGUGUUCCAGUUGCUAAGAACCACAAGAGUCCUCCACCACCUGAUCUCCGCUUUAUCAUGACUUGUACCUUUGCGCUCUUCGAACUCUGCAAUACCAUUGAAGCACUUGGAUUCUUCUUGCCAUCGCUCUAUCUCCCCACAUACGCGGGUAUGCUCGGGGCUUCGAGCAGUCUCCAAGCGCUAACUGUUAUCCUUUUUAACGUUGCAUCUGUCGUGGGCUGUGUGCUUAUGGGUGCGAUUAUUGAUAAACUUGAUGUGACGGUUUGUAUCGUUGUUUCUACUAUCGGGUCUACCCUUGGCGUCUUUUUGAUUUGGGGUUUCUCCAUGUCCCUAGCUCCUCUCUUCAUCUUCUCCAUUGUGUAUGGUCUCUUUGCGGGAUCGUAUACGAGUACCUGGCCUGGUAUUAUGCGCGAUGUCGUUCGCAAGAAGGCAUCCGCGGAAUCGAGUAUGGUCUUUGCUUGUCUUGCUGCGGGUCGAGGUAUUGGGAAUAUUAUCUCCGGUCCACUAAGUGAGGCACUUAUCAAAGGGUUGCCGUGGGAGGGACAGGCCGGCUUUGGAUAUGGAAGUGGCUAUGGGAGUUUGAUUGUCUUUACGGGAGUGACGGGGGUUGUGGGAGGUGGAAGUUAUGUCGCAAGGUGCUUGAAAUGGAUAUAG